CGCCCCGCCCUGUCUGCGGCCGCACUGCGGAGGGAGCGAUCCUCCGGGCGCAUUAUGCUCAGCGCUAUGUCUGAGAACGACCUGCCGGACGUCGUGUGCCCGCCGGACAUGGGCGCUGACAGCUCGGAGAAGCCGAGGUUCCGGCGCUGCUACACGGGCCGGUUGACGGUGGAGCCGGUGCUGUUCUUGGCAAUGUUUUCGGUGGCGCUUCAGGGCCCGCUCACUACUCAGUAUCUGUGGGAGCGGCUUAGCGCUGACAUCGGCUACAAUGGGAGCAAGACCGAGGGCUGCACUAACAGCACGAACCCCCUGGAGAAGGAAGUGCAGUCCCUGACAUCACAUUGGAGUCUUUACUUGAACCUGAGUGGUCUGCUGGUUGGCCUCUUCUCUGUGAUGCUGCUCGGCCCCUGGAGCGACCAUGUGGGACGUCGCACAGUACUCAUCGUUCCAUUCAUCGGACUGACCUUGCAAGUUGUCGUCUACCUUGUGGUCAUGUACCAAGAUCUACACGUUGGUUUUUUAUUACUUGGGCGCAUUAUUGGCGGCAUCACUGGUGAUUUUAACAUGAUCCUUGCUGGUUGCUUUGCCUACAUAGCAGACGUCACAGAUCGACCAUCACGAACAUUCAGGGUUGCCAUCUUGGAGGCUUGCCUGGGCAUUGCUGGAAUGAUAGCCAGCAUCAUUGGAGGACACUGGCGGAAAGUUCAGGGUUACAUUAACCCUUUUUGGCUAGCGUUCGCUGUGAAUGUUUUUGCGGCCCUCUACGUUUACUUUUGUGUCCGGGAAUCGGUGAAGGACAGGAAGCCAUCCAGAUUGUUUACUAUCAAACAUUAUCAGUCAAUAUUUCGCCUCUUUACUUUGCCUGGAGAGAAUGGCCGACGAAGCAAGCUUUCCCUGUACUGUUUGGCUCUCCUGCUGGUGGUGACUGUACACAUGGGGGCCAAGGACUUGAUGGUAAUCUAUGAGCUGAGCUUUCCCCUGUGCUGGGACUCAGACUUGAUUGGUUAUGGAUCAGCAGCAGAGCACCUCACAUACCUCAGCAGCCUGGCAGGGUUACGACUCUUCCAGCUGUGCCUGGCAGACAGCUGGGUGGCAGAGAUGGGUUUCCUAUCGAACAUCUCAGGCCUGGUGGUCUUCUCCAUGGCUGCAACUACUCAAAUCAUGUUUACAGGAUAUGGUUUAAGGUUCUUCUCCAUGGCAACUACUCCAAUUAUUAGAUCCAAGCUAUCUAAACUGGUGGACGAUGGAGAGCAAGGGGCAUUAUUUUCCGUCGUUGGUUGUGUGGAGGGAAUCUCCUUCAUAUUGGCCACCAGCAUCUUUAAUUCCCUGUAUCCAGCUACACUCUACUUCAUGAAAGGGUUUGCCUUCUUGUUUGGAGCAAUCGUUCUCCUGAUCCCAGCUGGAAUCAUCGGGAUUAUUGAAAUUUGUGGCCAGAAACCUCUGUACAGCCAGUUUGCUGAAAUUUCCUGAUUGCCUUAGUGCAACAUGGUUGCAGAACUGACGAUGAUGAAUCCACUGUGGAGGAGCUGGGAUUAUAAAACGGACUGUAUGAUGCCAGGUGUCGCUCGUGAUGGAUUUUGGUCUCUCCAGGGACUCGCCAGAGCACCUUAAUCCCUUAGAAAUCUGACAAAUUUUAGACUUUUUAACCCUCUGUACUACACGUUCAGCCUACAGUGACACUGUAUAGUACUUUUACAGAUUUAACCGUCGAUAAGCUAAAUGGCCAGUUAAAGUGGUCAGACCUUGACCAGCUUGGCCAAACAUCCAUAACCCAGACCAUGACAUCUGGUACUUGACCACUGGGGGUCGGCAGAGUCCUGCGAUAAGCUGUGCACUCCGAAAGAUCCUGGCCUUGGCUGAUAGAGGGCAUUGUACAUAAAACUAAAAUGAGUUUCUUGACAGCUUUGUGCUUAGUGAAGCAUUAAUGUACUGAGCCCCCCUUACUGUUGUGACAGCCCCACCUCAUCGUACUGCUAUGUUUGCACAGACAAGCCUUUUGCAUGAAACUGCUGCUCAGACACACUAUGGGCUGAGAUGAUUCUCUCCAUGUAUGUGUACUUACAGAUGUAGCUGAGCUAAACUUGUCAUUCACUAGUAAUGCAGUUCAGUCGUAAGUCUCUGAAUUGUGGUAAUGCACUAGGUAUAUCUGCAGUGUUGUGACCUUGCAAAUCAGUGUGCCAAAUGACAAACUCUGCUCUACGACCCCUUAAAGUGAUCAUAAUGUGUUUCGUCUUCCUUUUUUUUUUUUUGCUAAGUGUUCUCUCUGAAGACAAUACUAGACCUAGGAAUAGUUGAAAUUGCCUAAUGUACAAGCUAAUACAGUCUACCUAUACACAUCUAUGACCCUGCAUGGCUAGGUACCCUGCCAGAAUAGCGCCACAUGGUGUGACGCCUGUCAUAGUGUACAAAGGUGACGCAUAAGAUGUGAAAAUCUCAGUGCAAUCAUUUAUGAAUUAAUCUGAUUUGUGUGCAUUUCUCUCAUUGUAUGUGAUAACACAUUCCAUUAAAUCUUCUA